AUGGGCAGGGACAAGUCAGACACUGCUACCUCUCCAUCAUGGGUAAGCUCUAUUGCAAAGGAGAGAAAUUCAGCAGUCCAGUGGGAAAGCCUGCAAAUUCAAAUUGGCAAGUUUGUUGAUGAGUACGUGUUGACAGAGUUUGAUAUUGAAAGAGCCUGGCGGGAGCAGCUAGAACAACAAUGCCAACAGAAAGAAAACCAAAGGAGAUCUGCUGGCAAUGAUGAUGAGAUGACUGCAAUUUCAUCCCCUGCUCAGCAACCAUACUCUUCUGGUAUGUCUAUAAACUAUACUUUAACAUACAGUACAAUGCUGUGUGUUUGAAAAUGAAGUAUUAAACUACAUUAUUUCUAUUAAAAUUUUCAAAUAUUGGUAUAAGGCACCAGGGUGCAAAGAAAGUCAGUUUUGUGGUUUGCCAUUCAGGCAAGCUGUAGUUAAAUAGAACAUGUACUUGCCCAAGAGUCAUUUUAACUAUAGCCCAAAAAUAUAUUUUGAUGAGCAGGAUCGAUCGACUGAUAACAGUUCUGUAAUUUGAAUUGUCCUAAAAAUUUCACUUGCCCAUCAGGCAAGUUAAGAAAAGAAUUCACUUGCCCGAUAGCAAAAUCCACAAGCCAUGGGCUAUCAAAAGCGACUUUCUUUGCACGUUGGGCACCCCUAGUUAUUAUUAAGCUCUGUUAGUAAGAAUAAUAAUUACGACUAUCUUUCUGUCUUUAUAAAAUACAGCUCUGAUCUUGUAAAUGGACAGCUCACCUCAAAAUCUACUUCACUGGACUGGAUUAGUCAAGCGAAAAUAGUGUUUUGCAACAUUAUUUAUAAGUCAAGUAAAAUUCAUAUUUUUAUGGUCAUUAUUCCACAGGUUCUGUUGUCAUUUUGCUGCAAAAAUCUGAAGAUUACAAAGUUCUAGCAGUUGGAAAAGUUGUUGAAGUUGAUGCCCACAUUUCUGUGCCAGAGAAGCAUGUUCCUGUCUUUGUAGCAUCCAUUGAGGAAUGUGCCUCUGCUAUACUUGCACCUGGCAAUGUUGUGUUUUGGCCCACAGAUCUGCUUGCAGUGGACAGGUCUCCAACAAUGGGAACUGUAGAAACAUCACAGACAUCCAAUAGUAACCUCAACAGUAACAUUUCUGACAUCCCUCCUGGCAGUGAGGAAGAUCGCUAUCUCAUUAUUAUGGGUUGCAGGUAAUUCAACUGGGAAUGAUGCUCAUGCAGCUUAAUGAUACAGAGGGUGAGGGAGAUGGAGAGCGCAGCCUAAUUAACUGGAAGAUGCUUCUGUUGUAUUUUAGAAGUAGGCCAAGAGGGAAAAAAUAUGCCUUUGAGGCAAUGCGAUUCAUAACUUGUGUCAAGGGUUUAUACACAGAGAAGAUUGCCCAUAGAGUGUUACAUGGCCAGUUUGUAAAUCCAAAGGGAGGAGAAGGAUCCAAUUAUGUAAAUGAUUUAAAAAUGGAACACCUGGUUGGAGACAACAAAGACUCUCUUAGGGGACUGUGUGGAAACAAAAUGCUGAAAGCUGUCCAAAGAUGUUCUGCUGCAGCAUACGGUCUUAAAGAAUGUUGCACCCAGUAUGACGAUGAGUGUGGCAUACACCCAGAGUCAACCAAGCACACUCAUGCUUGUACCACGCAAGAUGUCAAAGCAAUGUUAACUAUUGUGCAACAGGCUAAACCUUUUCAGUACCAAAAAGGUAGAACACUUCAAUCAUUUCCAAAUGUAACAAAGAGUCCUCUUGACCAGUUGGAUGUAGCACUGCUUAACACCUGGCUGACCAACCACAAGCGCAAGCUUUUUUCUGGUGUCCAUGACUGCAAUGAGGAAGACAAUGAGGAGGAGAAUGAAUUGAAUGAUGGUGAUGAAAACACACCAGAAGAAGAUGAUGUGGAUGAUUAA